CUGACCAAAUUGUGCAAAUUUGACGCCGAUAUGUUACUAUUGAGCCACGCAUCGUUGCAGGUUAUGAUUCCGGAAUCAACCUACAGUAAAUAAGUGGUGAAGCUGGCAUAAAAAUCCAAAAUGCCGAAGAGAAAAUGCGACUUAGCAGGAGAUUUGGAUGGCGAUCAAACGGUGCCAUUACCAAUUCAGACAUUUUUUUGGCGUCAAACAAGCCCAUUUAUUCGACCAAAGCAAGGAAAACUGUGUGAAGCAUCAUGUGUGUCAUUUGAAAGAGUAGUUGUUCAAAACAUCCUGCAUGGUCUUUCACCAAGUCUUUGUGAAGCAAUACAGAGCGUUUCAAGAUGGAAAACCAUUCAAGCCGCGUUCCCACAUCUCAUGCAUGCCUGUGCCUCUCUUCUCAAUAUACGGAAAAAAACACAUCCCGAAGCCAAGUUUACACCAUUUGAGAUCAAGUUACUGUACACACUUCACUGGAUAAUCUUAGAUGCUUCGUCAGAAUGCAGCGACAUUGACCUGGAAAAGCAGAUAAAGACGGAACCGUCUACGUACAUGCAUUCCCUCAGUACAAUUCAGUUGUUUGUUUACUUAUUCGCUCCUUUAAUCCACACUGUAAAGGAUGAUGAUUUUCAGUCUCUGAAGUUAGAAAAUGGUUUACAGUUAUGGCAGCCACUAUGGGAAUAUCGCCAACCUGACAUCCCAUGUUUUUCUACACCGGUAAAACCUCAACGUAAUGUCUUAAAAGCUCAGCGUAACCUACUGCGCGUAAACACCAAUGCCGCCAAUAUUUAUGUCGGAAAGGGUUCCUCCAGAGAAAACCUCACUUAUCUUUUUGAUAAUUCUAGUAAGCUGAGUUUGGCUGUUCAAGAUCCUCAAAGUCCUACAGCUCCUUUAGCCCGGAUGAGUGACAUUUGUCCUUUAUCGUCUGCUGCUUCCCAAGCACCUACUAUGGAGGUGAUGUGUGAAUUCUGUAAUACCGUGAUGCCAGUCAAAACAGCAGAGGGUGUGGGCAUGACCUGUAAAUGUGGUCGAAAAGACAGUCUUGUGGCCUAUCUUCCCGAUUCGAAAAAUUACGCCUUUCAAAAAUUGACGUCUGCUGUGGAUAAAGAUUAUGUGAAACAGAGGCUAGCUAGUGCUGUAAACAGUGGUAACCGAACUACAGAAGAACCAGAUAUGUUGAGCGCAAGUUAUUUUGAUAUAGCCGUGCUAAGAUGUCUGUUUGCUUUGAAUUGGUCAGAAGAUGGAAUUCUUUGGGCUUUGAGAUAUGUUCAUCAACGUGUAUUAGAAGUUUGUGACGAGUUCGUAAGAUUUGAUCACGCUGUCCGAGCCAGAAGUCACAGUUUACCCAUACCAGAUUUACAAGUACUGCAAGGAAGUAAACCUGGUUCCCCUGAAGAAAAAAUCCGACUAUCUCCGAGUCACGAUACACGAACCCCAUCUCCUCAACCUAAUUCACCUACGACACAUAAACCGUUCAAUAUGGGGUUGUUCAGUACACCCGAGAUACGUAAAGAACCGCCAUUUAAAAAAAUACGAGUCAUUGAAUUAAAACAGUUCUUUGAUUCUGGUAAAAUGUUAUUAAAGAAAAAAGAAAGUGGUGAGAUUGAUACCAGCGGUUCACAAUCGCCUAAAACAACAAAACAUGAUCAUGGACAUAUCUUUAAAAGUUACCAUGACGAUUCUUCUAGUUCAUGUACCAUAUCCACUGUUGAUACAGAAACGGAAAUGAUUCGUCCAAAUUCUGCACAUGGCACCUACACCAGCGUUAAAGAAGAUCGCCAAUCACAGCGUAAAAGCAUGCCCACAUUACCGCAAUCGGACAAAGAAUCGGUCGGUAGUGGCAGCCAUCUUAGUGGACACGAUUCAUCAAAUUCUUCCAAAGAUGAUUUGCAGAAACCAGAACCAAUCAGAAGACCAAUCAUUACAAUCACGGAACACAGCCCUGAUCCUAAAUUCCCGUCUAAUUAUGAUCUCUGUGCCAGUGAAGGAGAUGCAGAAGAUAGUCACCUGACAACUGGCGGCAAUAUGUCGCGAAGCUUGACGGAUUCCAAUAUCUAUUACCAACACGAAGAAGAAAUCCAGGAAGUCGCUGGUUCCAAAUACUAUAUUCAAGACAACGGCCAUAUUAAUUAUAAAGUUGUCCUUAGAGCUGUCCAUUUUAUCGCUCUGUCGGAACGCUCGCCAUCGAUCUGCGAAGUUCUGUUGAAUAUUUUAAACUGCCUGCUCGAUCUUGAUAUUAUCGAGACCAACCAUCCAGUGAGUCCCCAAUCUGUGACGACCCCAGAGAGUGCCGAGACUCCACAGUCGGAUAAAUCUCCAAUUCUAGAGAGCACUAAAGGGAAUGUUACAGCUCACAGUUUGGCCAUGGAUUCUUUGUUUAGAAUUUAUAAAGCCUUAGGUUGUCCUCAUGGUUGUGGGGAUGGAAUUGUCGGUCCUCAAGGAGAUCACCUUCGAUUGAAAGGUCAACAAUGUCUACAGAGAUUACAGAAACUCCAUCCUCCACACUUCCAUAGAUUUCUCCGAGAUACAGUCAAGACACGACCUCUACAGGAAUCAGUGGAUUUCUUACAUGCUUUGUUAGGUUUUUGUACAGAUCCUACAAUUAUUCUACACUCUCCACAAGGGGCAUCUCAAAAGAAGUCAGCCUCACAGGAAACACUGCCACGAAAUGGUUAUGCUAAUAAUUUUGGUCAUAGUAUCGGGGGAGAAGGUUAUAGAGGUGUAGAGGGAGUACUCAUUGCAAAUGUCUUCAAACAUUUUGUUUCGAGAUGUGUUGAAUGUGUAUCUGAGCUAUGUGGUCAUGAAAAUAUUGGUCUGUUUUGUGAUGUCCGUCAGUUUACAUCUUAUGUAAAAGAAGUGCACGGUGGGACAUAUCGUAGAAUUGCUUUAAGUGGCCUCCUUGAUUCCCUUCAAAAGCUUCGCAGACGUAAAAUGGAAAAAGAGCGGGAAAGUAGAAUGUCAAAACCAGAAAACACAAUGCAACGGACAACAUCUGUGACGUCUGAUAGUGGUGAUGAGAAGGAGGUAACCCAGUCUCCCAUCUCUAGUAUUCACACUAAUGAUACUACUAACACUCCUGUUAAAUCUCGCAAAUCUUUCUUCCGUAGAAAACUCAGAAAGUCAUUAAUGUUUCAGUAUGCAGCCAGUGAUUCCGAGUUAUUAGAUGAAAGUGCACAUGGGAAAAGUCCACGGACCAGUAUAUCGGCUGCUGAAGAAGAUUCCCCGUCUGGUUAUAGCACACCCAGACGCAGAUUCAGUAAAUUUAAUAUAGGUUGGAGACGUCAGGCAAAAUCUGAUCAUGAGGAAGAGAGUCAUCACGAACAUCCUCAAAAUCUCGACAGAAGGGACAGUAAAAGUGAUGUUCACGUUCACCGUGCCAAGGCUAAGAUGUCUUUUAAAGCAGCUAGUCACGCAACGUUGACCUUCCUCAGUGCCCGUAAGAGAAUGUCAGUAGAUAAAGAAUUGGCCAAUAAGGCGUGGAAUAAAGGAAAGUUGGGCAAAGAUUUUCGCAGCAGUAAAACAAGUAACAUACAUGAUACAACAAAUGAAACAGUAUUAGUGAAAGAGAGAAAACUUGUCGAUAAAUUUCUCAUCAGAUCAGGAAUGCUUCGUUUCUCCUUCUUAAUGGAAUGUUCUUCACCAGGCUCUUUCCCAGAUCCACAGUUAGUGGCAGCCAUGUUGGAUUUGGAUGCUCCUGUGUCUUCACGAGCAGCCAUGUUGUUGGAGUGUGCUCAUUUUAUACAUCGCUGUAACCAUGGUGACUGGCCAAACUGGAUGAAAUUAAACCUGCCAAGUUUUCGACACACUGUGGCAGCUCUACAAAAUAGAGGACAACCAUCUGGAUAUCUUCGUAAUUUGAUGCUCAAAAGGGCUGCUGGACGACUGUUUUAUUCCUGGGCAGAGAAUUUAGGGAGUCAGUUGGAGUAUAUAUUAGCGAAGGAACACGCUGAUCGUCUGUCUAUCAUCAACGAUAUUAAAGAUGAAAGUAAAAGAAAAGAAUUAAAAAUGGAAGAUGAAGAAGAAGAUUUUCUAGAUGAAGCAUCUGUCAAUGCAAAAGGAACUGGAUGUCCGUAUGCCUUGAAAAUGUUGGGUUGUCUGGUUUUGUUGGAGAUUACAACAUUUCUACGAGAAACUUUCCAGUAUUUACCCAAAUCUCGCAGUCAAAAAAGAGAUCAUGUAUGGGAAAAGACUGUUACAUCCAGACGAUUCAGUAGUAUUGUUAGUAGUCCAGGUCAUUCAGACAAGAGUUCUGAAUCAAACAUAGCAGAACUUCCCCAAGCAACAGGUCCAGUAGGAAGUCCUGGUGAUCGUAAAAUAAGUUUUGCUGUAUUAACUGAGAGAUCAGACUCUAUACAUAGUAGUACGACAUCUAUAUCAGUGUUAGAUCCUAAUCAAGAUGAGAAGAAAGAAAGAGGUCGAAGGUUAGCUCAAGGUCGUCAGAAACUACUCCGUCAUUUUAGAAGAGGUUCUACCCAUAAUGCAAGUUUUCGACACAAUCGCAGUUUUAAGUUUAAGAGACAGGAAGGUAGUGGAAGUAUUAAACAAAUGGGUAGUCUGCGAUCACGUAAAGUGAGUAGUCAAUCGUUACAAUCAGAAGGUAAGUUUGUUGAAGAAGAUCCAGUAACCGAAGAUACAGAAUCAGUGACCAUGUUAAGCGAUGACACACAAGAAAGUCCUGGUGAUCGAGAUCAAGAAGUGGAAGAUGAACAACUCUAUCAAGAUCUGCCGUGGAUUAAGGUUGUUGUUCAGAUUGCCAAUUUGUCCAACUUUAUCUGUCCUCAUCAGAACUUCUGUCAUCCUAAUUGUUAUGAGCGACAAAGACGGAGUUGUUCGCGUCUCAUCACAGCUUUACGUAAAAUACAUGAAUCGACUGAAGAGGAUGAGGCACACGAAUCGAGAAAUUAUAACAGGAAAGAUGACUUGAAAGAAAAGCUUAAAAGACGGGAGUCAAUUUUCCAGCUGACGUCACCAACUAGGAGAAGGGAAAGCACACCAUUACUGGAGAAAAUCAAAUCCGAUGUUUCUAUGACCAAAUUAAAACUGAAUCCAACUUGGAAGAAAGAAGAAAAACCAAAAGAAAUAAAAGAAGAUCCUCCAAUAUUAAAAUAUCUACAGUCACAGGCUCAGAGACUAACACAGUGUCCAAUGACUAUUCUAUCAAAAGCAGCACCAAUAUUAAGUGUGGAGAAUUUUAUUGAUAUGAUGCCUGUAGCGUGGGAACUGAUACUAGAGAGUGACCAGGAACUGGCUGCUGCUGCAGCUUCUGUGUUUUUGUUGUCGUCUGUGAAAUCACCAGAUAAAGCCAGGAAUAUGUUAAUUAAAGAAUUACAACAUGAAGAAACAGCUCAAAGAAUUAACGCUGUCAUCAGGUUUGGUGUAUUGUGGAGAUUUCGAUAUCAAGUUUGGCCAAGAAUGGAAGAAGGGGCAAAUUUAUUCUUUAAGAUACCACCUCCAGGAAUAGAUUUUACUUUACCAUCACCAACGAUUGGUUUACCAAAUCUCACCGUCAUUGAUCCUCCAUGGAUGCCACAUUUUAAAACUAAAAUAGAAGAAGUGACCAUAAAUCAGGAGGAAUCGAAAUCUUUGGUGACAGCCACUACCACCAGACGUAAACAACAACAAGAAAUGAUACGUAAAGGUCUUCUGGCUGAGGAGGAGAGAAAACGGAUUGGUCGGGAGAAUUUUCCUAUGAUGACAGUUCCUGUUUGUCAAUUGGCUGCGUAUGAACCAGCAUUACAUCAUCCUGGUGAAGAACAUGAGGAAGCUGCCCAGGAAGAAAUUAACCUCGCAGCACGACGUGUGUCCCUUGCUCCUGUAAAUCGUUCUAACAUACAAAAUCGCAGCCUCUCCUGGAGAAAUGGAAGUAUACAUUGGGGUCGGCUAACGUCUGAAGGUGACGAAGACCGGGCUGAACAUUCUCACCAUUUACAGAUGACACAGAAUUUCUUCCCAUCAUCCAUUUGUGCUGCAGUUUUACCCAUAAUUCAUCUGUUAGAUGAUUGUGAUGUUAACGAUGGCGGGAUAUCAGUAUGUGAAGUAGCUAGCAAAGUAAUAUGGGAUAGUAUUGUAGAAGAUCCAAUUCUCUUCUUUCGACAUUUUCUAGAAAAACUCACCAACAAAGAUAAACAGGAGGAGUUAUUAUUUGUAUUACGUAAACUGGUGCUAUAUUAUCGAAGAUUACCAGCUCAAACAGCUCAUGCUCUCUAUAACUAUCUGAUUGGUUUUGUGAUGUUUUAUGCUCGUUCUCCAUGUGAAGGUGGACAGGAAGCUAUAGCCGGCGCCCUCUCACUACUAAAUUUAGUCAUACCGUCUGUUGAAGGAAUCUAUUUUAAAGAUCUGAAACAAACCCUGAAGAAAGAACAAUGUGAUCCCUACCUACUGAUAUCAGCUAAUGUAGCCAAUGCUAAAAAGAUACUCGUCCAUGGUCCGGAUCUAUCCAGUAUCCCAUCACAGUUACCAAUACACGAAGAUACUCAAUUCUCACAGAUACUUACAGAAGCUUUGGAAUUCUUUAAUAUACCUGAAGAUCAACAGAAUGAAUACUUUCUCGUUGAUACUAAAACAAAUCAAAUUCAGAAUCUUAAUUCGUAUGUGAGAGAUUUCUACUUUUUCCGACGGAACUUUUACCCACAGUUGAGUCUGACUCACAUGAACCCUGACACAGCUGACAUGGCUUUACAGAAACGAGUAUUUACUUUGAAGUUUGUUGAGAUUGGUAAAACAUUAUUUACUAAUACAGUUCUCUCGAGUACACCAGUACAUCAGCUCCAGAACCAUGUAUCGUUUCUGUAUGAUGAAUUUAUAAAACUUCCCUCAUUUCCUCGUAAAGCUUUAGAUGCAGAGUUUGAUUUAUAUCCUGGUGAAUGGGGCAAGGAAUUAUUUGGAAUGGAUUCUUUACAUAAAUAUUCUUGGGCCAAGUUAAUGACGACCAUGUUUAAAUCCAUGCCUAAUACAUUCAACUGGUCAAAUGAUUUACCGUUAUUUCUAAAUGUGAUUAAUGGUACUGUUAUAUUAUUAUGUGAAGAUACGGCUGUAUUACGAUUCUGUCUGGCAUCUUUCAUAAACACAUGUACACAUUUUAAACACAUAUUUGCUACAAAUGGGUUUUUGUACAUCAUGCCGACUCUACUGCGUGUCUAUUCCAACAAUCAACCAAAUCCUGUAUUGAAGAAAGCCAUACAUUUUGUAUGUCGUCAGUUUUAUAUUCUACAUCGAAAACCAUUCAUGCUUCAGAUGUUUGGAUCGGUAGCGCCAUUACUGGAUAUGACUUGUGGAGCAGGUGGUCUACUAGACUGUAAUAAGGUUCAACCGAAUGCUCUGUUUAAUUUAUUGAUGGCUUUAGAGCAGACGUGUGUAGAUAAUCUGGGUGUAUUAAAUCUGGUAGAAGUGGAGAAACCACUCAGAGCUCUGGAUUUUUGUUAUGAGAAUGAUCCUGAUGACUUUGAUUUGAUGGAUGUUAUCAACAUGUGUGUGACUGUUGUUGUUUAUGGACCAGAUUCUUAUAGAAGUGGACAAAUGUUGACUGUAUUGGAAGUUAUAAUACCACGUUAUUUACAACACUUGAAGAAAGAGACUGCAGCUAGAGAUAACCCUACUGCUGCUAGAGCUGAGAUAGACUCGAUCAACAGGAUUGCUGUUUCUCUUAAAGCUUUACUUAGUUGCUGUGAAUAUUUUACCAGACCAAUGAGUAUCCCCCAGCGCCAGAUGGAAUCGGUCAACUCCAAUAUAAAACCCAUGCAGAAUCAUAGUGUACAUUCUUUAACACUGGAUGAUAGAGAAGAUUCUCAUGCUAGUUUCCUCUCCCCAAGUCGACAUAUGGAAGAAGGCAGACGGAAGACCUUUGUACCCGACCCUGAAGAUCUGGAACUACGUAACGAGUUCCGUAAACCCAGAGAUUCACUGUUGUCAAUAGCUGUUGAGUUCUAUUCAAGUUGCACAGCUCGUAUGAAAGAAUUACGCAAAGUUUUAGCAGAUCCCUCUUUUAGAUCACCAGAACUACUUGAUCAUAAAGCUCAUAAUAGAUUAGCUGAAAUUGCUCAUACCCUGUUAAAAUUAUCACCGUAUGAUAGUGUUACUAUGGCUUGUACAGGACUACAGAGAUAUAUGACAGAGAUGUUACCAGCCACUGAUUGGUCACAAGAAACAAUACGGCCCGCUCUUAAUCUCAUAUUACGACGUCUGGAUCGACUUUUUACGAAACUCUCCAAGAAAACUGGAUUACGAAGACAGAUGAAUUGGGAUGCAGCUUCAAGUAUUUUGAAAGGGGUUUAUUCUACAUUAAGAAAGUUUCCAUAUAUAGCUCAUUUACCACAUCUAAAGACAUUAGUCAAUGUUUUGAUAAACAUUCUACUAUCAGGAUCACCAGGUGGUCCAUUAAUACCUGAAGGCGCCACAACCAUCAGUUCCAGUCGGUCUGAGUCCAGUUCAGUAGUAGAAGUGCCACCUAUAUUUUGUUCAGCAGUUGUUAAACUUGUUGCCAUGCAGAUGCAGUUGUUAGGGGACCAAUAUACAUUUGAGCAGAUUUGUGGAGGAACAGCCAUGUUUCAUGUGAAUGAUAGAACACUUAAUCUAUUGGUUAAUUUUAUUUUACCGUUGUGCAUUAGAGUUGGAUGUGGUAGAAAAGAUAUGCCAAAGUUAUCUCAUACCGACGUUGUAUUUAUAUGUAAUAUUAUAUGUAAUCUGUUAUCACAAGGAGGUAAAGUACAUGGAUCUAAUAAUAAUGCCAAAUCACAUCUAUCUAUUGGUGAAUACGGUCGUUCUAGUAGUAUAUCACAGUCAGAUAAACCUACAUACAAGUUGGCUUAUGAUCUACAACAGUGGGGUGCUUUACUUGGGUUAGAGAUAUUAAUGGUAUGUUUUGAUAAGGUAUUGGCACCAGAGUGGCAUAAAGUGGCAAAAACCAUACAAAAUUUAGCAGCCAGAGGAAGAGUUGGUCUACCAUUAUGGAAUUUCAUUGAUUUUGUCGUCACUCAUCGACCAGCUCUGUUUUUGAUAUUGCAGACCUUUAUUGACUUCAGAAUGAUGAAAGUGAACUGUGAUACAGCACAAGAAUAUUACCUUCAACAAACAAUACGAGAUAAACUACAAGGCUAUUCCUUUACCCACCCUAAAUCUUGUGGUUCUAUAUUAAUACAACUAGCAACUGAGCUCAAACAACUACGAGAUGAACUAGCUGGUUAUAGAUCUAGAGCUGCCACCUUCGCUACUGAGAGAUCAGAUUCCUAUAUACCUGAUCGCUCUAGACCAUCUGUAAUAGAGAUUGCCAUGGAGAUUAUUGGACCAAUGAAACCAGUGCUCAAUAUCGCAGGAAAACGACCAAGUAGAGCCACCAUCUUCUCACAGUGUAGUUCUGCUAGUGGGCCUCAACGAUCUGCUACAUCUGAAGAUAAUUCUCCAUUAAUGAUGCGCAGUAAAUCUAGUAAACGUAUCUCGGCCCAUGAUGGAAGUAGAAUAUUGGAGAAAUUCACCCGAAAAAAUAUUAUUGAUGACCUUUCUCCAGAACAAGCUGUUUUUGAAGGUUCACCAAGACUUCAUCGGCGUGGAACAAUUAGAAGUCAUGCCUCUAGACAAUCAAGUUUUGAUGAGCAGGGGUCACCAGCUCGAGUUCUGUUUCAAAAUGAAGAAGCCGAAGCUGCCAAUGGUGGAGCAUCAAUUCAUACCAUGACAACUGCUGAUGGUGAAGAUCCAAGAGGUCAUCGACUCCAACGACAAGAUGCCAAAAGUCGUAAAACAUUCAAGAUUCGACGCCAGAAGACGAAAACAACUAGCAUGAGACGCUUUAUGUCACAUAGACGACGCCCAGAUAAUGAGACUGAUGCUGGAAGUAGCGAAGAUUCUCCUCGAAGAGUUCCAGGAACAGCAGUUGUCUUCCAUGAACAGGCAGCUUUCCAACUAAGAAGACCAACUGGUGUGACCAUGGCUCGUUCUGUGGAGACAAUCCCAGAAUCAGUGGAAGCAAAGCAAUGUCAGCUGAUGCAGUUUUCCAUAUUAGAGACCAAUGUAUAGGUGAAAUUAUUCUUUAGUUUCUUGAGUCUUUUAUUUAAUUGAAUUGUGGUUUUACAAUGCAAGUAUAACUAAUAUUUUUUCUGUUUUAAAUACUUCUACUUCGGUGUUUUUAUGUUCUUAUUCUAUAUUAUAAUACAUUUUAUUACUGAAUGCAUAUUUCUCUUUUAAUAUGAAUGCUUUCUUUCUAUUUUCCUCGAUUCUAAGAUAAUCUUGCUUUGAAAGAGGUAUUAUUGUUUUGUACAUUUCAAAACUAAAGAAAUGUUCUAUCAAGAACAUACUAAUAGCAAAUUUAACCAUAAAGAAAAAGAUCUAUUCUUGCUUUGAAAGACUUAUUAUUGUUUUGUGCAUUUCAAAACAAAAGAAAUGUUACUGUCAAGAACAUACUAAUAGCAAAUUUAACCAUAAAGAAAAAGAUUUAAAUUUAAAAUAUUUAAAUUAAAAGAUCUAUGACAGAUGAUCAAAAAAAAAUAAGAACUCAAAUAUUAUCCGUUAGUGGUUUUUUACUUUCAUAAAAGUCAAUUAAUCUUUUAUUUUACAACCAUAACUGUCCUAAUUGUAUAUAAAUACGUUUUGAAAGUAUCUCAAUGGGAAAAGACACCCUUUGAUGUAGCAAGGCAUUAUCAAAAGGUUUUAAAUGAGCAAAGAAAUGUGUCAUGACAGGGGCACCAUAGAAUAUUGUAGAAUAUAGAUUGCUGGUCAAACUAUACAUUUGAGAUAAUAACCAUUUCUAUGUCUGUGUAAAUAAGAUUGUUUAUAUGUGAUGUAAUUUAGUAUUUUCACAAUUAUUAUAUUUUAAUAGUGCAAUAUGUCAUAGAGAUAUGAAUAGUGCAAUAUGUCAGAGAGAUAUGAAUAGUGCAAUAUGUCAGAGAUAUGAAUAGGGCAAUAUGUCAUCGUUAUGUGAAUAGUGCAGUUCGUCACCAUUAUGAAUAGUGCAAUAUGUCAUAGAGAUAUGAAUAGUGCAAUAUGGCAUAAGUGCAAUAUGUCAUCGUUGUGAAUAGUGCAAUAUGUCACUAUAUGAAAAGUGCAUUACGCCAUCGUUAUAUGAGCAGUUCUAUAUGAAUAGUGCGUUAUUGUUAUAUGAAUAGUGCAAUAAGGCAUCGGUAAAUGGACAUUGUCACCGCCAUAUGGAUGGUUCCGUGUGCCCACGGUAUAUCUAUAUGAAUAGUGCGAUUAUUUAUAAUUUGUACAUAUGAUAUUGUUAGAUUUAUUACCAUUAGUUUUAAGAGAUUAUAUAAACGUAUAGAUAAACUACCACAGCACCAUUGUUGAAAGAAAAUUUUUUUCACAAUAUUGGAACUUUGAAGUACUCUUGACGAUCUGGUGAAGAUGAAUGAAAAGAAAAUGUCGAAUCUGAGGAUGGUGGAGAUUACCGAAAUAUGAGACCGAAAAACACUACAUAGGGCGGAUUUCAGUAAUGCUUACAAACACAAGUGAUAUUUGUAUAUCGUUAAUUGAAAUUUGUGUGCAAUGGGAUCAACGUCAUUAAUCUAAAGUAUUAUGGGUGUAUCUUCUGCCUUGAGCCACGGCGAAUGCAGUCUUCAAACUCAGCUAUUAAUUUUUUGAUGAUAUUAUGUAUAGAAAUAGUCUUUUCUGAAGUUGAUUAUAAUUUUACGGCCGUGUGCGCAACGCUCGUUUUUGGGGACACUUGAUUUUUUGUUGAGAUAAUCCAUUGGAAAAAUUUCAAGGCGUUGGAUACGUCGGAAUGUUGAAAUAAUAUUGAGUCUAAAAUUCUGAAAUAUAUACUACCUUUGGUUGUUUUUGUUAAAAAUACUUUAAGUAGGUCCAUGAUUUAAUUUCGUUGAUUCGCGGAGAUUUAUGAUUAUUUUGAAUUACCUUUCUUCCAUGUGUGGGAUUGGCAAUGCAUUUUGUAGAUUCUGCAAAAUUGCGCGAAGUCAAGCACAUGGUCCUUUAUUUACAGAUAUAAAAUUGAGCAUGCGCCUGUUGUACAUUAUUAUUAUUAUUAUUAUUUAUAUAUUUAUUGCUAUUGUUUAUUUAAUUAAUUGCAUGCAAUUGCUCCGUUGUUGAUUGUUUUACUGUAGGGUUGGUGUAAAAAGCCUCCCUGCCCACCCAUUUCAUAACGACAAAUAUAUUCCAGUUUUAGGCUUAAAGAUCGGUCAUACGGUAUCUUAAUGAACUUAAAGUCAGACGGGGAAGGGAACGCGCUUUACACCAACCAUUUAAAUUCAUCCUUUGAAUAACAAAAGAGGAAUGGGCGCGUAGAGAAAUAGUCGGGUAAUGUUAAUUUAUAUCUAUUGAUAGUAAUUCGUAAUUGUAAACAGUUGGCGAUAGUAAUUCGUAAUUGUAAACAGUUGGCGAUUGGCGAGUCAAUAAAUUAUAUGACGAUCGUGAGUAAGGGCAGUGUUGAAUAGAAAGAUAGAAGGUUGCAACGUCCCACACUAUCUAGAUAAUACACAAACGACUGUAUCGUGUCACAAUGGCUUUCUAUUCAACUUAAUAAGCCGUGGGGCAAUUUCGCACGAAUCUAUUUUUAGCUUUUGGUUCUGGAGUACCCCAUAUACUACUUUGUAUUGAUUAUCAAAACAGGGGUCAGUAUGGUCCUGCACUAACGGGUAUUAGGGAUAUGGAUUGUCGCAAUUGGGAGCAUGUCCCAAAAACCUUAACUAAUCAAAAAAUUCUAUUUUUUAAAAAUUAUUUAAUUCGUAUUCACAAAGUUAAUUCUAAAGUUCACUUUUUGCGCGAUUUUCAAAUUCGUCUAUUUAAUUUUUUAUUGUUCACUGAUUAUGGAUUGAUUGUACAUUUUUCAUAAUUCGGGUUCAACUCACUUAAAGAUUUUUGUCAAUCUUAUAAUUUGUUAGAAUAUUUAUUUGACACGUACAUUUUGUCGGAUGUGCUGAUACUAAUUGUAAUUUUAUAGUAAUCGUAUAUUGUUUGUUAAAUUGUUAAUACAUUAUGGCAAUUGUAUUGUACAGUAGAAGACAUGUAUACUGUGAUGAAGCUAUAGUUAUAAAUUAUUAUAUAAA